CUAGAACAUGGCCAUAUAGCCCGAAAAAACCCACAAGAUCUAAAGGAGUCUCCUGUGGUUUUGGACUUCCACUCCCAGAAGCCCCAGCGAGUUUGCCCAAUAGUCAGGAAUUCUGGGAGUUGAAGUCCACAGCGUUCUCUGUAUGGGCUUUUACAACCUGCCCCCGAAGGCGGAUGUGGGAAUUGCCUCUGGACUCAGAGAACGCCCCGCCCUGCCUUGCCCGUUCUCAGUUGAAGUUUCGCGAGACAAGGACAGCUAUCCGCGGAGUGGAGGGGUUCCCGGAAGUGAGUGUAGCCGAGGAAGCCACUUCUGCGAUGGGGCUGCAGGGCGUCAAGGCGGUUUUCUUUGACCUGGACAACACCUUGGUGGACACCGCCGGAGCCGGCAGGAGAGCCAUUGAGGAGGUGAUAAAUGUCUUACAGUCGAAGUACCACUGUGAUGAAAGAGAUGCCUGCAUGAUAUGCAAUAAGUUCCAAGCCAAGCUUCUCAAAGAAUACUAUGAUCCUUCUAAAAUGUGUAUCACUGACCUCAGGAUUCAACACUGGGAAGAGGCUAUACAAGAAGUCAAAGGAGGAACAGCCAACCGUAAUCUCGCUGCAGAUUGCUAUUUCCUUUGGAAAACCACUCGCCUGCAACAUUUGACCUUGGCAGAGGAGACACAAAGGAUGCUCCAUGACCUCAGAAAGGUGGUCCAGUUGCUUCUGCUGACAAAUGGGGACACACAAACACAAAGAGAAAAGAUCAAAGCUUGUGAUUGCCAACAAUAUUUCAAUGCCAUUGUUGUAGGUGGAGAACACCAAGAAGAGAAACCAGCACCCUCUAUAUUUCACCACUGCUGUGAACUUCUAGGAGUUCAGCCUGAGGACUGUGUGAUGGUUGGUGACUCUCUGGAUACAGACAUCCAAGGAGGCUUGAAUGCUGGUUUGAAAGCGACCGUCUGGGUAAAUAAAGCCAUAGCAGCCCCAAAACCCUCUUCUCCAGUCCCUCACUACAUUAUUCCUUCUGUACUUGAUUUCCCUGAACUUUUACGUAACAAAGAAGAUGCUAAAUCUGAAAGUAAUGAGGAGGCUGGUGUUUGUAAUGAGUGUGAAAUUCCCACAGAAAAACCAAGGACGUUCGCCUGCUAGAAUUGAUAAUAAAGGGGAUUUUUUUUUAUCA